AUGAAGAUACUUUGUAUUUUCCUGACCUUUAUCUUGACCGUAUCCUGUGGUCCAGCAGUUUUACAGAGGAAAACAAGAGAAAAAACAAAACAAAUUGAAGAAAGAAAAAGACAGUGUUAUCUUGUUCGUGGUGCUUGCAAGACUUCAUGCGGCCAAUGGGAAUACAAAUAUACUGACUGCGAUUUGGAGCCCUGCUGUGUUGCACGGGAAUACGCACCACCAGUUCAACCCAUCGCUAUCACUAAAUCUUAUAAAACUGUAACUUACACUUCUACUAUACUCUGCUCCAGCAAAGAGCAGCAGCUGCUCCUUACCCUGGACAAGGUCUCCCCUCCUGACCUUGAACGUGGAGUAGCUUCUCUCGACCGUCGCCCCUGA